GGUUGCCAGCUCAGCAUUGCUCAAGUUAAGCCCAGAAGAUCUUGAAAGAUGGGAAUGCCAGGUGGGCCAGCAAAAACAAUCGCAGUCAGUUAAAGACAUUAAGGGCGAAGAGCAGAAGCGCGAGAAAAAAAGAAAGGCAGAGGAAGAACGAAAUGGUGCCAUUCAACCAAGUAUAGUUCGCGCUGUAUAUUUCGUGGAUCCAACAGAGGAGGGUCGUCCACUUCUUGAGAAGAUUCAAGAAGGUCAAUCUGUGGCUCUAUAUGGACCUAGAGCAUCUGGCAAGUCUACGCGGGUACUCCAAGUUCAGAAUAAAACACUUUUUGGAGAGCACUCAGUAUGGCAACGUGAUGCACCCGAAUUACUCGGUUCUCCAGAAAAUCCAAUAAUCAAUUCUGCAGAAGAAUUUUGCAAUGAAUUUCAUCGAACUAAGUGGGCAUCUUCCAAUGAUAAUAAGAAUCGUGUUGUUCUCCUUUUCGAUGAGUUCAAUAAGCUGUACGAAGCAACAGAUGAAAUUAAAUCUUCAUGUCUGGGGACUCUUC